AUGCAUCAAAGAUCAUGUAAAAUGUUUAAAUCCCUCAGGACAAAUGUCGACUCUAAAGAAUCAUCCGUUUCUUCAAGCUCAAACUGUUUUGAUUUCAAACAUCAACCUACUCAGAUGACUGUCCCGCAGCCUCUUCCAGGCGUCAGACUGCCUAAAUCAACCACAAAAUGGACCGAAGCCAACAUAGCCUUCUACAUUGAAAUGCAAUGCUUAAAUGACAUGGACAUUGAUGAUUUUCCUACUCACUUUCAGCAGAUAAUCUACUCAUACUACAUACUACGCCAAAAACUGAAGCCAACAUAG